AUGGAAAAACGCUUCCCUUUUGUGUCGCCUACAUUCCCUCGAGGAUCCGUCACCGGUGACGAGGCCGACGGCUACGCCAGAGCGGACGUUUUCAUCACCGGUGACGAGGCCGACGGCUGCGCCAGAUCAGACAAUUUUAGAACUUAUGAGAACGAUUCCUCCACCGAGCUUGAGGACCGGCAACCCCGGCAAUUCUACUCUCGCAACCCUCGAAUUCAGUCCUUGGGACGUUCCACCAGGGACGGGUACCUGAGGACAGCUGGCAACAACGUUGUGCUCCCGCGGCAGCGCAGGAGAACCAACAGACGCCCCCCCAACGCUCGGGCGGCUAGGCCGAGAAUGGAGCAAAACCACAACCCCUUUGACCUCACCAGCUCUCCUCCCUACCGGCCAGCGUCAGCCUCUUCAUCUCACAGCAGCCACAUGGGCAGCGAGAUGCCGGAGACCGAUGACGCCUCCACCACCACGCUGGGCACCAUCGACGUAUUUGCGACCAACCCUCGGAACUUCCAGUCCAACCGUGACAACAACAACAACAACAACAACAACAACAACGAGGAUGACGACGGCGAUGACCAACCUCUCUUCGUGACCCCAUCCCCAACAACGCGUCGACACCAACUCGGUCGCAUCGCACACAUCUUAUACCGCCAGCCAGCCAGCGACUCGCCUCACCCACCCGCCAGCCGGCCCGACGGAGACCAUCAGCAGCAGCCGCCGCCGCCGCCGCCGCCGCCGCAACCGCACGAGUACUCGCCCCCGCCCUCGCCGCCGCACCCGCACUCGCACCCGCACUCGAACUCGAACCCGACCUACGCGCACGCGGACGACAAGCCCGCGCACCGGGCGCGGCUGCGGGCCAUGGCGCUGAACCGGGGGGCGCACGCGUACGUGCGCAAGCAGGCGCCCGAGGCGGACGGCGAGAACCGCGAGAUCAAGCGGCUGCGCACGCGCGAGCGGCUGCACUGGGACGAGAUCGCGGCGCGGCUCAACCGCGCGCGCGUCGCCGCGGGCAAGACGCCGUCGUUUACGGUUGCGGCCGUCUACGGCCGCUUCGCGCGCGUGGCGCCGCGCAUCGCCGAGGCCGACGGCGAGGCCGGGUUCGACUAUAGGGAUUUCCUCAACUUUAGGCACGAGAGGAAGGGGGGCCCCGGGGAGGGGAGCGAGGGGGAGAGGCCGAUGCCCGUGUUGGGGGAGAGGGAGGAGGCGUUGUUGGUGGAGUGUUAUGAGGAGGUGGAGAGGGAGAGGUGGGAGAACGUGGCGAAGAAGUUCAAGGUGAAGGCGGGGUUCGAGUUGACGGCGGGGCAGGCCGCGAGGAAGUGGAAGAGUUUGUGA